ACUUUGACAGGUUUGACUGCACACAAGAGCAGGAAUUCUGUGGUGGAGAGUUGUAUUCUGCUCAGUGUACCUUAUUAUAUGGGAAUUUUUGCUUUCUAGUAAUCCACAUCAAUCAAUUUCACAUCAUGAAGGAUUCUCAGAGACUCACAAUCGUUAUCAAACUCGGAACAAGUUCCAUCGUUGACGAAAACACACACGAGCCCAUCCUGUCGAUCUUAACUUUAAUUGUUGAAACUGCGGCCAGGCUUCAUCGAGAUGGUCACAAUGUUGUCCUUGUUUCUUCGGGCGCUGUCGGUGUAGGGCUACGGCGAAUGGAUAUAGAUGAGAGGCCGAAACACCUACCUCGCAUACAGGCGCUGGCAGCUGUCGGGCAGUGCCGGCUUAUGAGUUUGUGGGAUGGUCUGUUUUCACAUCUCCGUCUUCCUGUCGCACAAAUUCUCUUGACGAGAAACGAUAUCGCAGAUAGAACCCAAUACAUCAAUGCGCAAAACACCUUCUCGCAGCUUUUCGACAUGGGGGUGAUCCCUAUAGUCAAUGAGAACGACACAUUGGCAGUUUCAGAAAUUAAAUUCGGCGACAAUGACACAUUAUCUGCCAUCACAGCUGCCAUGGUCAAAGCUGACUAUUUGUUUCUAAUGACGGAUGUUGACUGCCUGUACACUGCUAACCCACGAACCAACCCUGAUGCACGACCUAUUGAGGUAGUUUCGGACAUCUCUUCUUUGGAAGCUGAUGUAUCGUCUGCUGGUUCGUCCCUGGGAACUGGGGGUAUGAGCACUAAGAUUGUGGCUGCAAAGUUGGGGACUAGUGCUGGCGUGACAACUAUUAUUACCAAGAGUUCGAAGCCAGGAAACGUCCACGACAUCGUGAAGUAUCUCCAAAACAUCGCUGAGAACUCUUCAAUGCGCGCAUCAGCGACUGAUGAAGCUGCACCGCCACCAUCAAUGUCACCCCCCCUUCAUACACGCUUUCUCCCUUCAGAAAGUCCAAUCCAAUCUCGAUCUUUCUGGCUGCUUCAUGGACUGAAGCCCCGCGGAACCAUAUUUAUCGACCAUGGUGCAUACAAUGCGCUUCAGACCAAAGCUGGCUUGUUACCAGCUGGCGUGGUUGGUGUUGAUGGACACUUUGCACAACAAGAAGCCGUUCGACUGGUUGUGGUUGAAAGGAUUUCUCCGUCUUCUCUUAACGGCGAUUUCCUUCACCAUGGACAGGAGCCGAAAGAAGUUGGGCGGGCUCUUGUCAAUUACGGCAGCAUCGAAGUUGCUCGCAUCAAAGGGCACAGAAGUACCCAGAUACAAUCCCUUUUAGGAUAUGCCGAUAGUGAAUAUGUUGCUUUCCGGGAAAACAUAUCCUUCUUUCGCCCUGACGAUUCCCCGCGAUGGUAAACCAAGUGGUUCACCCAGCGGCUAUGCUCGAUUGACUUAAAUAGAUACGGACCAACCCAACUUUGCAUUUCUACCCAUUCCGCACGAUGAUACGCAUUUUCUUUCUUUACUUUUUUCUCUCAAUAAAUCACAUUGGAGAAUGGAUAUAUAUAUACACAAGUUCUGCCGCU